AUGGUCAAGAUUGCGAUUGCUGGUGGCUCUGGCAACGUUGGACAGGAGAUCAUCGAUGUCCUUGUUGCUACCAAGAAGCACGAGAUUUUAAUUCUGUCACGAAAGGACGCCCCAGUGGGAGAGACGAGUGGAGGCAUAACAUGGGCUAAAACAGACUACAAGGAUAAGGAGCAGUUAGCACAAAUUCUGCAGGGAACUCACACUUUGCUUUCUUUCGUCGGCGAUGAGCCAGCAGCUCCAAUCCAGAAGAAUCUCAUCGACGCUGCGGUUCAAGCUGGCGUGAAGCGGUUUGCGCCAAGCGAGUGGGCCUCAGCCGGUCUAGAGCAUCUGGGCUGGUAUGCUUACAAGGGAGAAACACGCCGGUAUCUUAAAGAGUUGAACAAGGACAAAAAGGUUCUUGAAUACACCCUCUUUCAACCAGGCACUUUCACAAACUACUUCACCGCUCCUUUUAAGUCGUCCGAUAACGUCCAGCAAGUGGAACUUCCGUGGGACUUUUACCGCCGCCGAGCGAUUUUGCUGGAGGGCAGUGAGAAUGACCGUAUUAGUCUCACAACAUCGCAGGACCUAGCGAAUGUUGUUGCUAGAGCCAUUGAAUUUGAGGGUGAAUGGCCUGUUGUUGGAGGCAUCAGAGGCUCCGAGCUGUCAGUCAAGGAAAUCAUCGCCCUCGGCGAGAAAGUCCGCGGUGGUCCACCUUUUGAUAUCCAGAAAGUGACAGCGCAUGCCUUUGAAAACGGGGAAUGGAACACUUCGUGGGUGCCCGAGAUUAAUCACCCAUCAAUUCCACCCGAGCAGGUUGAAGUGUUGUCGAGAAUUUUUACCGCAGGCAUUCUGCUAGCCAUCCACGACAAGGCGUAUCAGGUUUCGGAUGAAUGGAACCGUCUGCUGCCCGACUACAAGUUUACGGACACUGAAGACUUCUUGACCAAGGCCUGGUAUGGUAAGGCUUAG